CAUCUCUCCAAGUAACAAAACCUAACUCUUUCUUUUACAAGAGCACAAGCCCUUUCUUCAUCUUCUUCUUUACCCUCAUAAAUACUUUAAAACUCUUUCUUAGCAUUUAACACAAAAAUGGCCAUUACUAAACUAGCAAUUCUCUUUACCACAUUUGUCCUUUUCACCCUCACCGACGCAAAAAUCCCUGGCGUCUACUCCGGCGGCGGUUGGCAAACCGCACACGCCACUUUCUACGGAGGCAGCGAUGCCUCCGGCACAAUGGGAGGAGCUUGUGGUUACGGUAACCUCUACAGCCAAGGCUACGGAACUAACACGGCUGCUUUGAGCACGGCUCUUUUUAACAGCGGUAUGAGUUGUGGAGCCUGUUUUGAGCUAAAAUGCGCCAACGAUCCACAAUGGUGCCACUCUGGUAGCCCAUCGAUCCUCAUCACCGCAACAAACUUCUGCCCACCAAACUUUGCUCAGGCCAGCGAUAACGGUGGCUGGUGCAACCCUCCAAGAGCCCACUUCGAUCUAGCCAUGCCUGUCUUCCUCAAGAUCGCUCAAUAUCGUGCCGGCAUUGUCCCAGUCUCAUACCGCAGGGUGCCUUGUAGAAAGAGAGGAGGGAUAAGGUUCACAAUCAACGGUCACCGUUACUUCAACUUAGUUCUGAUCACUAACGUGGCUGGAGCAGGAGACAUAGUGAGGACGAGCGUGAAAGGUUCACGAACUGGUUGGAUGAGUUUGAGUAGGAACUGGGGUCAGAACUGGCAAUCUAACGCUGUCUUGGUUGGUCAGUCACUUUCUUUCCGAGUCACAGGCAGUGAUCGUAGAACCUCAACUUCAUGGAACAUAGUUCCUUCUAACUGGCAGUUUGGUCAAACCUAUGUCGGCAAGAAUUUCAGGGUCUAAGCGAGUUUCAAGAAACUAUAUUAAAGUGGUCGAGACAAAUGAAAACUCUCCGCUAAUUUCGCUUCUCCUUUUUUUUUUCAAAAAUUUAUACCGAGGAGAGAAAGUAUUAUCUUUGACUUUCUCGUGUGUGUUUUUAAUUUUUUUUUUUUGGGGCUUGGUGUUUUAAUUGUGAGGGAAAGUGAAGGAUAGUAGUUGAAGUGGCUGUGAGAAAAUUUUGUAACAGCCCGCAACUACUAAAGUAUUUACAAUGGUUGGGUUGUAAGUUACAACUUGUAACGUUUAAUUUCGUGUAAUGUAAUACAUGCUUAUGUUAUGAUACAAUUUACUAAUCUUCUGGUUUGUUUUUAACUAGC